AUGAAUUACAAUUUUCGCUCCGAAUCGUUGGAUACUAACCAUGCCCAUCAUCUCCAUCAAGAUGGAACUGACGAUGAAAAUAGUAUAAGAGACUGUAACUCUCGUCGAUCUAUCCACGGAUCUAAGAGUUCCCUUGAAAGUUUAAAUCAGAAAUAUAGGAAUGAAGAUUACAAUUUUAAUGAAAAUGAAAUCAAUUGUAACCUGGAAAUAGAUGAAGAACAAGAUAAAAACCCAAAAAAUGAUGUUUGUAAUGAUCGAGAAAAGGAUUCCUACAAAGCCUUGAUUAGGGACCAGAAGCAUUAUGAAUCCUUAGUAAAUAAUCGUAUAAUUAGCGAGCGCAAUGAGGGUCUUAAAAACUAUGCGGACACGUUUCCAACAGACCCUAUUAUUCAAAGACAAUGGGUUAAAAAGAUAUUUGAUGCUAUACUCAAUCUCGACGGUAUAAUUGACAAGGAGACGAAAUACCAAAACAGUUUAUCCCAAGCAGCUCGGAGGGUACGAGAUGGGUAUUAUCCAAUAAUUGAAAUAGAAAAAACCGCUUGGAAACUAAUGUUGAAUGCUCGCGACUCACAGCUUGGUGUACGGUUAAUCGAGAAAUAUCAUGGUAUUAAGACAGAGGAGCCACUCCUUAACGGUGUUGGUAUUUUUGAAACAUGGGCCGAUCGUAUGCAAGCAAUUAUAAAUACCUUGCGUGUUUCGAAGGCAGCAUGUAAACAACUAAUGGACCCUCAUUAUAUUGAUCGGAUUGUUGAGUGUCCUAAUUCCGAACGGCAGAUGAAAAAAAAUAACAAGCGCAUAAAUACAGAACGAGAUAUCCAAAAUCAACUUGGAAGAAAGUUACUUGAUCUUAAAUAUAUACCGGCAAUAGAUAUCGAAAAAGAAGCUAAAAAGCUGCAAAUAAUUAAGGAAGCGCAUCGCUCAAUCACACCUAUAAAAGCACCCCGAGUUGUGGAGCCUCGUCAAAUUGAAUACUUUCCUACAACUCCAACUACAAAGCCUUCAGACAUAUCUAAUAAUGUCCCCAUAUUGGCUAUUAGUCAGAGAAAAAGUCAGAUAUCUAGGACCAAAAAUAAUCCACACAAUAACUUGCCCAAUAUUGAAAGAGAGGUGCAAAAUUCUAAGUUUGCUCGUAGUGACAAGAAAAAACAACUAGAUGAAUUUAUUAAUAUUCAACCUCCCACAAAGCGUCCAAGGCAAAAUAGAAUUUGUACAAACUCUAAGAUAUUCAAUAGAACCCUUGAAGAAGACUCAAAUGUUGAUAAUGAAUUUCCGUCCUAUACCGGAAUGUAUGUUCCUAGCUUAAAUACCGAGCUAGUCUCAACAAAUAAUAAUUCCUUUAUGGACGAGCCCUCUGGAUUUAAUCAGCUAAACCAAAAUAGCAACAGAUUCGAAAUGGGUCACGUUGUAACUACUUUUGAGCUCGGGCCCGAAAUUGAAUUAUUCUCGGAUAACCAAGUCAUGGCAUCUUGUUUCCAGCAAGACCCUCUCAAUGAAUGUUCUCAUCAGUCACCACACCAGGCGAGUAUAUUUGAACCAAAAUUUGUCAAGCUCUACUCUGAAAUAAUCUGCAAUCUACUGGCAAUUAAUAUUGAAAACGCAUCUAAUUGCACACUCGAGGAUCUCAGAUUAUAUGCACAUGCUUACAAUUCAAAAUUUAUCGCGUGUCGUUGGUCUCAUCCUAACUUAGGUGCAAAUAUAGCAAAAGGCUGCUAUAUUUACGACCAGUGCAAUAGACAGAGAUAUCACUUUAUCCAUUUCUUUCCCAGUCUAACAGGUAUAGCUCUAGCACGUGGAGAUAUAGAUUGCAAUUUUAAUGCUGUUGCUGGAGCUAAUUACUCUCACCUCUUCAAUACUCGUGGUGAUAAACUGAUAGAUGAGGCUCUAGGCCUGAUUCAAAACCCUUGUGGCUUUUCGCCUAUAUUUUCUACAUCUAUCAAGAAGAUGAGUUAG